AUGCAUGAAUUCUUCUCCUACUCUGCGCGCAACCACUACUUCCAGUAUGCAUGGUACAAUCUGGAACUUUUGCGGCUGCUGGGAUCAACGCCGUCCGGCGGCUGCGAUGCCGCGGAAUUCCUGGAGACGGUCUCUGAGAUUGAACCCAAUGAUGCCGCAUCCUGGCAGCAUUGCUGGUUUGCAAGAGCGGAAAAGACAGAGGCUCUUGCAGAGGAAAUUGGAAAGUCGGGACAGCUGAAUCUAGCGUGCAACGCGUUUCUGCGAGCGAGUAACUACUUUCGGUGUGCUCAAUACAUGUUUCCUGUCAUGCCGGAACCAGAGCAGCGGUACCUGCUGCAGGUGUAUGAGCGCAGUAUCUCUUGCUUUGAGCGAGCGAUGGCACUGGUACCGCACAACGUGUCCAGAGUCCAGAUCCCUUAUUCCGCCGCGCCAGAUGGCCGAACGAUCCAUCUGCCAGGGUGGCUGCAUCAGCCCAGUCCCUCUCAAUGCCUACCGGGCCGCCGCAAGGUGCCGGUGCUCAUCUGUUGUGGCGGCGCAGAUUCUACGCAAGAGGAGCUGUACUUUCUGUCCGUCUCCGAGGGACCCGGUUUGGGCUACGCGGUUCUGACGUUUGAUGGACCCGGGCAGGGCCUUGUUCUCAGGAGGGACGGUGUGCCCAUGCAGCCCGCCGGAGAGGCGGUGCUUGAUGCGGUGAUCAACUUUAUCGAGUUGUAUGCUCACAACCAUCCACAAGCAGAGCUAGACCUCAACGCGCUCACCGUGACGGGCCAGUCGCUCGGCGGGUAUCUGGCUUUGCGCGGUGCGGCGGAACAUCGCAUCAAGGCAUGCGCCGCGAUCGACCCGUUCUACGACAUGUGGGAUCUGGCAAUGGCGCGCAUGCCUUCGUGGAUGGUAGCGCCGUGGGAGAAGGGCUGGAUUGGAGACUGGAUCAUCGACUGGGCCGUCAAGGCACAUGGAGCGCAAGACCUGGCGACCAAGUACCAGUUCGCGCUUGCACAGCAAAUGUUCGGCACACCGAAUGCCGGAUCCACUCUUCGCAUGAUGAAGCAGUAUACUUUCAAGUUGCAGGGCAGUCAUGGGACGAAGAAGCCAGACUACCUGGCAAGAGUGCAAUGUCCGGUGCUCGUGACAGCAGGGACCACAGAUUCAACGUCGUUCCUCCCGGAGAUUAGCAUCAAUACCAUCGUUAAAAACCUGGUGAACGUGAGCGAGAGCCAAAAGACGAUAUGGGUUGCCAAUUCGUAUGCAGAGGGGGGGGCCCAGGCCAAGUCCGGGGCAUGGCCGUUAUUGCAGCACCAGCGUACACAUGCUUUGAGCUGCUUCUACCGCUUAAUACACGGUCUUUUUGCUAAGUGCGUUUAG